GUUUUCAAUAUUUGUAUAAAGAUUAAAUUGUUUAAAUUAUUGUUUUAAGUUUCUUUAACAUUAACAAUACUUGAGGUUAUGAAAUGUAAAAAGAAAACCGGAUACAAAGAAGUUUAAGAAAUCCUCUUAUUAAAAGUAUAAAUUCAAAACCGGUAUUUACAACAAUCCAGUAUGAGUGAACUCAACGAAUGGUAUUCAAAAUUUAAAACUUUUCUGAAUAUCCUUUUUGUUCGAAGAAGAAAAGAAGGAUGGAAUGCUAACGAUUUCGAGAAGGAAAAAUUAGAGUUCAUAGAGGACCAUUUGGAGGACCUGUUGCCGUUGAUGUCAAUGGAGGAAGUGCAACGUCUCAACAUCUAUUUGCAUAACGCCUACAUAUCCCAUCUGAACAAUGGAUUGAAGAUACCCAACAAUUUCCCCCAGAGAUCUUUUAGCCCAGAUCUUGUUAUACUGCAAUCUGAUGAAGAACAUUCGAAUCAAGAAAGACUUGAGAAGACGAGUGAACAAUCGACGCAAGACGAGAGACAUGAAACUCAUCUGCCAGCGGUUGAUAACCCGGAAACACAAUCGCAUCAAUUUGAGUCUGAUAACCUGAUUGAAACACACAAGGCUGGUCCCUUGUCGCAAAGUACACCAUUGAGUGUUCCCUUCUUAUCACAUGCUGAACCUGGACUACUUAAUGUUCAGCAAAAUGAAAAAGGAUCUUUGCAGGAUACUUUUAUUUCUGAUAUAGUUGCUCAUAUAAGUGUUUCGCCAAUUCCAAUAGAAUCGGCUCCGUCACGUGGGCCUAUUAAACAACAACAUGUCAUAUCCCCACCAUUUGUUGAGAGGAAUGCAAUAUCUUUUUUAAGAAAUUUUGCACAUAUCGAAGAUGAAGAACUUUUGCAUGAACCUCCAUCUUUAAAAAAGAAAACACGCCGAAGAACAAAUAAAAGACCAAUUUCUGAAAUUGUUUUGAGGGAACCUAAAAAAAAGAUGGAUAAAAUAGAAUUUGAUGUCCUUUGUUGUUAUCAGCAUAAGAUAAGAACAAACGAACAAAUAAAACGAUCAGAGGAAUCUUAUUUACAUUUUUCACUGUUGCGUGGGAAACAAACAAAUAUAACGAGCAAACAUAAUACAGAAAGUGAUCGGAGGCAUACAUCGCUGAUGAGAGUACAUAAUUUGUCCAACGUCUUACGAGCUCAUGCCAGUCAAAGCCAAAUUUCUGUGGAACAGCCAGUUCAAAUGAGUCGAAUGAAUUUAACACAUUCACCUAUGACACCCCAAGGUGUGUUAAGAUCAUCGAUUUCAUUUACACCUCUUAGAGGAGAUCCAUCGAGUUUUGAACCUAGGAUGGUUCUAGAUCAAGCUUCAAGUUUUCCAACGGGUUCUUUGCAACGCCAACAGCCCUUAUUGACAAUACCUGAAAGAGAUUCAUCAAUACACAUUCCCCUUCAUCCACAAGAUGAGGAUAUAUUUACGAACGAUCCGGCAACAUUCUCAAAUCUUCCUAGAGAAGAUCUGGAAAAUGUUGGAAUGCUAGAAGAAGAAUUGUUACAAAUCGCAUACAAUAACCCAUCUCAAAUUGAACCCCCGUCCAAGCAAACUCCUUUAAAUAACUCUAAUUUAAAUAUUCAACCAUUUGCCGAACGUGAGUCUGAUUUUCCGGAAGAAAUUGUUGCGGACCAAUUUUCAAAUGUCCCAGGAACAGUUCCUGAGGAUUUUGAAAUGAUUGAACAACCUCAGCCUCCAACAAAUCCGCUGGUAAUACCUCAGCAAGGGCUUGUUAUAGACAUUGAAAGUCGACAAGAUCUGAAUAUUACCACAGGUGUACUUACAUCACAUUUAGAUCAAGUAGACCCUAUGCAAUUACAACAAUCUAGUGUUCAUCCCCAGUUCAGUUGGUACGAAAUAUUGCGACCAAGAGAAGGCUUGGUGGAAUAUCCUCGAGAAAUUCAACCAAUUCAAAGAAAAAAACGAAAAAGAAGGAAAAGGAGAAGAGAAAGCACAGACAGGUUUGUCGAGCCACGUCGGAGGUACGAAAUUCCCGCUAUUAUUUCCAAUGAAGAUAUAAAUGAACUACCCGUUGCUCCUAAUGGUGAUUCUGUACAAAUAUCAGAUAGCCACCUAUCGAAAAGACCCGAUGAGCUUAAUUCUAAUACUCAAGCUGAAGAUACAAAUCAAAUUAUCCAGAACCACGAAAACGUAGAUAUAGUAGAUAUGCCAGAAAAUGCUUUAGACACUCCAGUUCAAUGUUUUGAAGCGGAUGGAUUAUCAGAACAAGUUACUCAAUAUCCCAUUCCAAUUGAAACAGAGUUGAAAGAGUACAUAGAACUAAUAAAGCGGGCAGGUAGAAAGUUAGAAUACAUCAAUUGGGAACGUUUUGAUGCUUUUCUAUUUAAUGAGAGUGAUCACUUUGAAUUGUACACAAAUAUUUUUAAAAAAAUAAUUAAAGAUGAUUAUGUGGCAAUGAAUGGACUCCACGAAGCAGGGACUUCAAGAUUUGAAGCCGCUAAAGCAUUCAGAUUUAUUCUUGAUUUAAAAACGAUGGGUCUUAUAGAAAUCGAAUCAACUAACGGACAAAUAUUAGGUAUCAGAUUAAUAUCAGCAAUUAAUAUUAAAAAAUUGUAGAACUCCAUUACAUGCAACCUUUCUAAUCAUUGUUUAAGUUUUUAAUAUAAUAAUAUUUGAACGUUUUAUUUUAUUUUUAUUGUUAAAAAUAUUGUGUGAUAAAUAAAAUGAUAUUAUAAAUUUUA